AUGUUGUUGGUAUUAAUCUGCCAUUUAUUAUUAACAAUAAAUUCUGUUUCUACACAAUCUCGUCUUUAUGGGCCGGGACUUCGUGCUUCAUUUCAAGUGCCAGUUCGUUAUUUUUAUUUAGAAUCUCAUGAUUUGAAAGGAAAUAAACUUAACUAUUCAAGUGAGCGCGUUGAUCGUAUAGAAUUUCAUUUAACACGCUCAUCUGAUCAACAUUCUGCCCAUAGCUAUCGUAAAGUUGACGAUCUUCAUGAUGGCACUUAUUUAUUUCGAUUUCGUCUUUAUGAAUCGGUAGAGAAUCUUAAAUUGUUUAUACGCUUUGGAAAAGAAGAUAUUAAUUAUGUAAUCAAAGGUUAUCUUUAUUCCGAUGGUUGUUAUUGUCCACAAACGAAUAUAACACAAUGGUUUGAUUCAUUAGAAUGCUCAUCAGCAUUAUCAACAACUCAACUACGGGCGGACUUAAAACUAUUUGAUAAGAUUGAUAUGAAUACAAUAAUUCCUAAAGCAAAAGAAAAAUAUUUUCAACAUCCUCAAACAUACGCACUUUGUCAUUAUGUUAUUAAAGAUAAUACGAUUUAUCGAAAAUGUCACGGUGAACAUGUUGGAUUUAAAAUGUUUUCCGAUGCAAUUCUAUUGUCUCUUUCACGAAAAGUUGUUUUACCUGAUGUAGAAUUUUUAAUGAAUUUGGGUGACUAUCCAUUGAGUAGUGGUGAUGAUCCACUUCCGAUUAUAUCUUGGUGUGGAUCGGAACAAACAUACGAUAUUAUUCUGCCUACUUAUGACAUUACUGAAGCUACACUUCAAAUGCUUUCUAGAACAUCAUUCGAUAUAUUUGCUAUGCUUACGACGCGCGAUGUACCAUGGUCGAAAAAGAAUCCUAAAGGAUUUUUUCGUGGUCGCGAUAGUUGCCGAGAACGUCUUGAUCUUGUUCGACUAUCCAAAAAACAUCCAGAUUUAAUAGAUGCAAAUUUAACACGAAUGUUUUUCUUUCGUGAUCAAAUCUCGGAAUUCCAACCAUUUUCUGAACAAGUUCCGAUGAACAAAUUUUUCGAUUAUAAAUACCAAAUAUCGCUCGAUGGAACCGUUGCUUCAUAUCGAUUUCCUUAUUUAUUAGCAGGCGAUGGGCUCAUAUUUAAACAAGCAAGUUCAUUCUAUGAACAUUUCUAUAGAGAUCUUGCACCAAAUCAACAUUACAUACCGAUUAAAAAAGAUUUAUCUGAUUUAAUUGAAAAACUUCAAUGGGCUAAAACACAUGAUGAAGAAGCACAAAAGAUAGUCAAACGUUCUCAACGAUUUACUCGACAAAAUCUUCUUCCGAAUCAUAUUCUUUGUUAUCAUGUAAAUGUUUUACAGGAAUAUGCAAAACGUUUAAUAUCACCCGUACAGGUCUUGCCUGAUAUGGAACUGGUUCAACAUGAAUCUGACGAAAGUCAUAUAAAAAAAGAUGAGUGUAUUUGCCACCGUUCAAAGAGUCUCAAUCAUAUCGAUCUGUGA